AUGUUCACCUUGAAGAAAUCCCUGUUACUCUUUUUCUUUCUUGGAACCAUCACCUUAUCUCUGCGAGGAAGAGUAAGGAGAGGUGCCGAUGAAGAGGAAGGGGACGUUGUAGAUGAAGAAGUAAAAAGAGGUGUCUUGGACACACUCAAGAAUUUUGGCAUAAGUGCUCUCAAGGGUGCGGCCACGGGCUUGCUGAAUUCAGUGUCUUGUAAAGUUUCUGGAACCUGUUAA